AUGGCAUCUGAUCUGGGAGAGGCGCCCCGACAGGCGCUGUGGCCCAAGCCACACCGGGCCACGCAGGUUGCAAGCAGCACCUCGGAUCGGGGUGGGAAGCACGCAGGCAGCCGGUGCCGGUGGGCAGCACGGGUCCUCAGACCCACGGUCCUGCUGGUAUCCUGGCUGCCACAUUCUGCGCAGGCGCAGCGCCUGAACCUUCCUCAAGGCAGCCCCACGCAGAGCGCGCUGCGGUCGCCUGACGUGGAGACUCCGGGGCACAGAGCACGGACGCCAGCACAGAGGCACGAAGACGGCGGAAGGAAAGGCAAGGACAGGGGCAGAGGCGGCUCCUUGGACCUGGCCAGCGGUGCCACGGUCAGCCCGGCGGUGGCUUUACCCCAGCAGCGGGGAGGCAGCGCGGGGGCCUCCAGGGCGGCCUGGGCCCCGGCCGAGCGCCCCGCUCUAAACUGCCGGGGCGGAGCCGGCGCUCGGUCCGGCCUGCCCAGCAGCGCUUCAGCGGGUCCCGCGCGGGCCGGGCCGGCGCUGCUUGGAGGGACGGAGAGGCUGAUAGUCGCGGAAGGCAACCCCCCGCUGCCGCCCCCGGGGGCGGGCGCUCCCUGCCUGGGCCCCACGGCUGCGGGCUCCGGGCUGGACCUGGCGGGUGCCACCACACCGGACCCCCCUGGCCGGGCCGAGCGCCGCAGUCUCUUGGAGCAGCAGCGGGCCGAGCAGCUGAAGGCUGAGCAGCAGAGCAAGCUGUGGGAGCGCAAGGUGGCGUUGCAGAGAAUCGAGGACGACCGGAAGCGCAUCAAGGAGAGGAUGCAGCAGGCCCAGGCCAUGGCCCCCCAGGUGUCGUCCCCGGAGCCUGGCAGGCAGCCCUCCAGCAGCGGAGACUGCCUGCUCGUGAUCCGCCUCCCCGCAGGGGACCCCGUGCGCGGGCGCUUCCUGGCCGACUCCUCCCUGGAGAGCGUCCGCCAGCAGCUUCUGUCCUGGCAUCCGGAGCUGCCAGCCUCCUCGAACUUCCAGCAGAACUUCCCCAGGCGGCGCUUUGGCCCGGCCGACAUGCCGCAAACCUUGCAGGCUCUGGGCCUGACCCCCAGCGCCACCCUCUGCGUGGUGGACCCCGUACCGGAGGCCCCGGGGAAGCCAGAGCCAGGCCCCUCUGCCCAGGCCUCCCCGGAGGAGGGGGUGCGGCCCGGCCUGGCACCGGGCGUGGAGGAAGCAGCCUUCCCGCCCAGGGGGGAGCCACCCCCAGGGCCACAUCCCCCCACAGAGGGGGUGGCGCCGGGGGGCCUGUCCGGAACACACAGCCACGCCGAGUCUGCCCCCCCGGUGCCUCACCGCUGGGGCAGCGGGCGGCGGCUGGAGUCGGGGGUGGCUGCUGAGCCCGAGCCUUUGGGAGCUGCUGCUGUGAGGCUAGAGGCUGCCGGGGGGCAGCACCACGAGCCGGCUGAGCCCGGGCGCCCGGUGGGGAGACCAGCCAGGGCUCACGGGGCGGCCCGCCUGCUCCCGCCACGCCACUCGCAGGGGGCCCCGGGGCCGCGCCACCAGUGGCCGGCAGCAGGCAACCGGCUGAGGUCCACCGACGAGAGUGGGGCAGAGGCCCGGGCCCCCCUGCAGCUGGCUGUGGCCCGGGCGGCCGAAGAGCGCCUCCAGCAGGCCAGCAGACGGGCCGAGGAGGAGCAGAGGGCCGGGCCCGGCCCCACGUCGCCCCCCAGCCGCCCGGCCCCCUCCGUGCCUCCGCUCCUCCGGCUGUCCUUGCAGGCCGCCGUCACCCUCCUCACAGAGCCCCGCAGGCAGUACCGCGGCAGCCUGGCCGCCCUCGCGCCCGUGCUGGCGGAGCAGCUGCUGGCGCACGCGGCCCGGGAGGGCCUGCUGACCCCGCGCACCCUGCGGCUCUUCUCCGGCUGUGCCCUGCAGCGGCUGCGGCUGGACUGCUGCCCACAGGCCACCAACGCCCUGCUGCGCCAGCUGCGGGCCUUCCCUGCCCUGUGCCGCCUCCGCCUCGUCUCCUGCCCCGUCCUCACCGAUCAGGGCCUGGCCGUGCUGCAGCACCUGCCCCGCCUCCAGCGCCUCGACCUCUCCGCCUGCGCGCAGCUCACCGACCGCUGCUUGCAGUUCCUGACAGGGCUGCCGCUGCUCUCGCACCUGGCUCUGGACCGCACGCGCGUCUCGGACCGGGGCCUGGUGCCCUUCCUGCUUGCGGCGCCGCCCAGCCUCACGCACCUGAGCCUCGGCCACACCGGCGUCACGGAGGGCUCCCUCCGCCUCCUUCCCCAGGGCGCCCCGCGCCUGCUGCUGCUCAGCCUGAAGCAGACGGGCGUCACGGACGUGUCGGCGCUGCGGCAGCUGGAGGCACUGCAGACGCUGCACCUGGACGGCACCCGGGUGAGCGAGGCCUCCCUGCGGGCCCUCUCGGCCCACCCUGCCCUCUCCUGCCUGACGCUGGCAGGAGUGGAGUCGGUGCGAGGCGACCACGCGCUGGAGCUGGUCUCAGGACUGCCCCUGGUGCAGCUGACCUUGCCAAGCCGGCACACGGUCACCAAUGUCGGCCUGGCUGCUCUGUGUCGCCUGACUGGGCUUGUGGAGCUUGACCUGACGGACUACAGCCACAUCUCGGACGAGGGGCUGCAGGGCCUGCCACAGCUCUGCCGGCUGCGCCGCCUGUCGCUCAGCAACACUCCGGUCACGGACCGCGGCCUGCGCCACGUGCAGGGCCUGCCACUGCUGGAAGAGCUGUGCUUGGACCGCCUCGGGGUCUCCGGCGCGGGGGUGGCCCGCUGCAUCGUCUGCCUCCCCCACCUGCAGGUCCUGAGUCUCGCCGGCACGCCCGUCGGGGACUCGGUGGCCAGGCGGGGCCUCGCCCGCUGCAGGCAGUUGCUCAAGCUGAACCUGAGCAGGACGCGGCUGACGGACCGAGGGCUCCGCUUCCUCGUCACGGUGCCGCUGGUUCAGCUCAACCUGGAUGGCUCUGGCGUGACGGCGGCCGGCGUGGCCAGCUUCCUCGCCGCCUGCCCCUCUCUGGGCAGCGUCCGGGCCGGGAACCUGCGUGUCCUGGCCGCCGAGGACGUCUCGGACGAAGAGGGGCCCGGCUAGAGGGGCUGGGCCCGAGCUGCACGGUGGCUGGGCGGCUCUGACUGGGCCCGAGCUGUCGUGGCACCAGCCCUGCCCCAAGGCGUUUCGGCCAUGUGUGCCUUGCGCGAGGAGUUUCGGGGGCCAGAGGAGGGCUCUUCCGUGCUCUUGCAAAUCUCGGCUUCCUCAUUCUCGCUGGGCAGCCGCACGAGGGGUGCCCUGCCCUGCCCUGCCGCCGUGGGCAGGACAGGAGGCCUGAGACGGAGAGCGGCUCCUGCAGAGUGCAGAGAGCCGCCUCGGCCCUGUCCAGCCCAGGAGGCGCAACGCUCGUGCCUUUACCUUUCCAAUAAAAAGCGGGCCUGAUUCUUUCUGGACUUGG